AAACCAUUCAAACAGGGUGCGGGAGGUUGAUGUCAUUGGUGCCGGCGUAGGUAGGAGUAGACGUUGACUGUUACGUUUUUCUGUGUUAUCCCAUACAAUGGCCUCACAAAAUGUUGAUCCGGCAUCUGCUACGAUCUCCGGUGCUUCUCGCAAGGGCCAGGAAUCCGGGGUUUCCGCUGCCCGUGGCUCUGUAGGAAAGAGACUACAGCAGGAGUUAAUGACGCUCAUGAUGUCUGGCGAUAAAGGAAUUUCCGCUUUUCCCGAAUCCGAUAACCUGUUCAAAUGGAUCGGGACUAUUGAUGGAGCUGCAGGGACCGUUUAUGAAAGCCUGCGGUAUAAGUUAUCUUUGGAGUUCCCAAGUGGUUAUCCCUAUAAUGCUCCAACUGUGAAGUUUAUUACUCCUUGCUAUCAUCCUAAUGUGGACAGUCAUGGAAACAUUUGCUUAGACAUCUUGAAGGACAAAUGGUCUGCUCUUUAUGAUGUCAGGACGAUUCUUUUGUCUAUACAGAGUCUGCUAGGAGAGCCCAACAACGAAAGUCCUUUGAAUCCACAUGCUGCAGAACUUUGGCAGAAUCAGACAAUGUACAAGAAGCACCUACAUGAUCAGUAUAAGAAGCAAGUCCGAGACAAGGACAUCUGACAUCUUACCUCAAUUGCAUUGUGUGGCCUCACCAGAUGGUCGCUCCUGGGGAAGCCGUGAUUGGAGACUAUGUGCAGAGGAGCUGCAGGCGUGGGUUCGGUGAUCCGGUGUUUCAGAAGUAUUUGUAAAAUCUGGUGCAAUGUAAAAUUUCAUAAAUGAAAGUGCCCCUGUUGAGUAUUUUCUUUCUUGCUAAUGGGCACUUUAUCAUAAAAAGUUGACUUUCACUUUAAA